AAGCAUAUACUGAUGCACUCAAAGCAUAUACUGAUGCACUCCUAGCAUAUUCUAAUGCACUCAAAGCAUAUACUGAUGUACUCCAAGCAUAUACUGAUAUACUCCAAUUAUAUACUAAUGCACCCAAAGCAUAUACUGAUACACUCCAAGCAUAUACUAAUGCACUCAAAGCAUAUACUGAUGUACUCUUAGCAUAUACUGAUAUACUCCAAGCAUAUACUAAUGCACCCAAAGCAUAUACUGAUACACUCCAAGCAUAUACUGAUACACUCCAAGCAUAUACUGAUACACUCCAAGCAUAUACUCAUGCACUCUUAGCGUAUACUGAUGUACUCCAAGCAUAUACUAAUGCACCAAAAGCAUAUACUGAUACACUCCAAGCAUAUACUGAUACACUCCAAGCAUAUACUGAUACACUCCAAGCAUAUACUGAUGCACUCAAAACAUAUACUGAUGUACUCCAAGCAUAUACUAAUGCACUCAAAACAUAUACUAAUGCACUCAAAGCAUAUACUGAUGCACUCCCAGCAUAA